UCUUUCCUAGUACUUCCUGUUCCCGCUAACCCUGGCGUUGGGCCCGGGGCCGAAGAGUGACCGUACCCUGAGUGACCCGGGGCGUCCGAGCCGACCGGGUCGGGCCGCGAAGCCAGACCCCAGGCGCUCCUGGCGGCGCUCGGGCCGCGCACAGCCUGAGCCGGGUCCCGUCGGGCAGCGGGCUGGGGCUGACUCUUGUCUCAGGAUGCCGGGGGAGGAGGAGGAGCGGGCCUUCCUGGCGGCCCGCGAGGAGCUGGCGAGCGCCCUGAGGAGGGAUUCCGGGCAGGCGUUUUCGCUGGAGCAGCUCCGGCAGCUACUGGUCACCUCUCUGCCGCCAGCAGCCCGCUACCUGCAGCUGGAUGCUGCACGCCUGGUCCGCUGCAACGCUCAUGGGGAGCCCCGAAACUACCUCAACACCCUCUCCACGGCCCUGAACAUCCUGGAGAAAUAUGGCCGCAACCUCCUCAGCCCUCAGCGGCCCCGGUACUGGCGCGGGGUCAAGUUUAAUAACCCUGUCUUUCGCAGUACGGUGGAUGCUGUUCAGGGGGGCCGGGAUGUUCUGCGAUUGUAUGGCUACACAGAGGAGCAGCCAGAUGGGUUGAGCUUCCCUGAGGGCCAGAAGGAGCCGGAUGAGCGACAAGUUGCUACAGUCACACUGGAAGUACUGCUGCUUCGGACAGAGCUCAGCCUGCUGUUACAGAAUACUCAUCCAGAACCACAAACACUGGAGCAGCUGCUGAAAGACAAGGUUGAAGAUGAUAUACUGCAGCUCUCAGAGUUUGCCCCCUUACUGAGAGAGAUUGCUCCUGACCCCCUCACCACACCCUCUGCCCCAGCCUCCAUUCCUGGUCCCUGCUUCCUCUGUGGUUCUGCCCCAGGCACAUUGCACUGCUCAGCUUGUAAACAGGCCUUGUGCCCAACUUGUGAUCGCCUCUUCCAUGGACACCCAGACCGUGCACAUCACCUCCGCCAGACCCUGCCUGGGGUCCCCCAGGCCACCCACCUGACCUCCAGCGUACCUGCCUCAGCUCCACCACAGCCUCAGUCAACCUCCCUGCUGGCCCUGGGAGACAGCUCUCUUUCUUCCCCUGAUCCUGCAAGUGCCCGUCUUCCCUGGCACUGUUCUGCCUGCGCCAUGCUGAAUGAACCUUGGGCAGUACUCUGUGUGGCCUGUGAUCGGCCCCGAGGCUGUAAAGGGUUGGGGCUGGGGAUUGAGGGUCCCCAAGGAGCUGGGGGCCUAGAACCCGAGCUUGCACGGGGUCACUGGGCCUGCCAGAGCUGCACCUUUGAGAAUGAGGCUGCGGCUGUGCUGUGUGCCGUAUGUGAGCGACCUCGGCUGGCUCAGCCUCCCAGCUUGGUAGUGGAUUCUCAGGAUGCCGGCGUUUGCCUACAGCCCCUUCAGCAGGAGGAUACUUUGCUCUCCUCUGCCCAGACUCCAGUGUGGUACUGUAUUCACUGUACCUUCUGCAACUCGGGCCCUGGCUGGGUGUGUGCUAUGUGCAACCGGACCAGCAGCCCCAUCCCAAUACAGCGUACCCCCCGGCCCCUUGCCAGCUCUUUGGAAGAGCGACUCCCUGAACCAGGGCCUCCACGACGCCUCAGUGCCCCCCUGGCCAGUUCCUGUGGGGACCUUGAGAAGCAACGCCAAGACAAGAUGCGGGAGGAAGGUCUCCAGCUAGUGCUCAAGAUCCGGGAAGGGGAAGCCGGAGGCGCCUGUCCAGAGGAGGUCUUCUCAGCUCUGCAGUACUCGGGCACCGAGGUGCCCCUGCAGUGGCUGCGCUCAGAGCUGCCCUACGUGCUGGAGAUGGUGGCUGAGCUGGCUGGACAGCAGGACCCAAGGCUGGGUGCCUUUUCCUGUCAGGAGGCCCGGAAUGCCUGGCUGGAUCGUCACGGCAACCUGGAUGAAGCUGUGGAAGAGUGUGUGAGGGCCCGGCGGAGGAAGGUGCAGGAGCUCCGGUCCCUGGGCUUUGAGCCUGAGGAGGGGUCUCUUCAAGCCUUGUUCCAACACGGGGGUGACGUGGCACGAGCCCUGACUGAGCUACAGCGCCAGCGCCUAGAGCCCUUCCAUCAGCGCCUCUGGGACAGUGGUCCUGAGCCCACCCCUUCCUGGGAUGGGCCAGAUAAGCAGAGCCUGGUCAGACGGCUUUUGGCAGUCCACGCACUCCCCAGCUGGGGCCGGGCAGAGCUGGCACUGGCACUACUGCAGGAAACACCCAGGAACUAUGAGUUGGGGGACGUGGUAGAAGCUGUGAGGCAGAGCCAGGACCGGGCCUUCCUGCGCCGCUUGCUUGCCCAGGAGUGUGCCGUGUGCAGCUGGGCCCUGCCCCGCAACCGGAUGCAGGCUCUGACCUCCUGUGAGUGCACUAUCUGUCCCGACUGCUUCCGCCAGCACUUCACCAUUGCCUUGAAGGAGAAACACAUCACAGACAUGGUGUGCCCUGCCUGUGGCCGCCCCGACCUCACCGAUGACGCACAGCUGCUCAGCUACUUUUCCACCCUUGAUAUCCAGCUUCGAGAGAGCCUAGAGCCAGAUGCCUAUGCGCUGUUCCACAAGAAGCUGACUGAGGGCGUGCUCAUGCGAGAUCCCAAGUUCUUGUGGUGUGCCCAGUGCUCCUUUGGCUUCAUAUACGAGCGUGAGCAGCUGGAGGCAACAUGUCCCCAGUGUCACCAGACCUUCUGCGUGCGCUGUAAGCGCCAGUGGGAGGAGCAGCAUCGAGGCCGGAGCUGUGAAGAUUUCCAGAACUGGAAACGCACCAAUGACCCGGAAUAUCAGGCCCAGGGCUUGGCGAUGUACCUUCAGGAAAAUGGCAUAGACUGCCCCAAGUGCAAGUUCUCGUACGCACUGGCCCGAGGAGGCUGCAUGCACUUUCACUGCACCCAGUGCCGCCACCAGUUCUGCAGUGGCUGCUACAAUGCCUUUUACGCCAAGAAUAAAUGUCCAGACCCUAACUGCAGGGUGAAGAAGUCCCUGCAUGGCCACCACCCCCGCGACUGCCUCUUCUACCUGCGGGACUGGACGGCUCUCCGGCUCCAGAAGCUGCUUCAGGACAAUAACGUCAUGUUCAACACAGAGCCCCCAGCGGGGGCCCGGGCAGUGCCUGGAGGUGGCUGCCGAGUGAUGGAGCAGAAGGAAGUUCCCGACGGGUUCCGGGACGAAGCCUGCGGCAAGGAGACUCCUGCUGGCUAUGCCGGCCUCUGCCAGGCGCACUACAAAGAGUACCUUGUGAGCCUCAUCAAUGCCCACUCGCUGGACCCAGCCACCCUGUAUGAGGUGGAGGAGCUGGAGACGGCUGCCGAGCGCUACCUGCAUGUGCGCCCACAGCCGCUGCCUGGGGAGGAUGCCGCCACCUACCACGCCCGCUUGUUACAGAAGCUGAUAGACGAGGUGCCCUUGGGACAGAGUAUCCCCCGCAGGAGGAAGUAGCUGAGGGCAAGGGUCCCAAUGAAGGUCCUGUGAUCUGACUCCCCGGGAACACUUCCAGCACCAAUAAAGAGGCAUUUCCUUGCCCAGGCUUCUUGGUGGUCCUUCUUCCUUCCUGACCCCACCAUCUGGGGGCACCGGGGAAACGGGGGAGUGAACAGAGCUUUGCUAAAGGCCCCCUGCAGCCUGCCACCUGACCCUCUCUGGACUCAGGCAGAAGGAAUUGACGCUGUGGGAGGCCAAGGGCAGCCCUCCCCAUCCAGCCACCUGGCCUGGGCUUCCUCCUUCCCUGCCUCCUUUCUUUCUUUCGUUGAAUUCAGCUGAUAUUUGGGGUGACCUAGUAGGUACCAAGCAGGCACCGUGGGGGAACACAGAUGCACAAGUGGUACAGAGCUAUCCAGAGGCCCCAGGCCUGACUCCGGGACACUGCGGCCUCCCUGGGGAAGCAGCAGUGUCAUAGAGGUGGUCUGAUGCAAGCAAGGAGUAUCUUGAGGGAGGAAAGGGAAUGAGCCUGAGGCAGUAGGGUCCCUCAUCCAGACUCUGACCGCAGGAUUCCUACGAUAAGAUUCUCAGAUGCUGCUUCCCCCUGGUGGUAACCAGUUACCCUGCAACUCGGAGACCACGUGAUUUCGGGGAAAAGGACCUCCCUGGAGGAGAACUGAAACUUAGGGUGGGGACUGUAGAAAGGGGCGGAGAGAUCCAGGAGCUGCCUAGCCGGGAGCUGAGCUGAGGUCGGCUGAGCCCUGGGACAGCCUGCACAGCAGCUCAGGAUGGCAUCAGGCAGGGCACGUUGCACCCGAAAGCUCCGGAGCUGGGUGGUGGAGCAAGUGGAGAGCGGGCAGUUCCCAGGAGUGUGCUGGGAAGAUGCGGCCAAGACCAUGUUCCGCAUUCCCUGGAAGCACGCAGGCAAGCAGGACUUCCGGGAGGAUCAGGAUGCCGCCUUCUUCAAGGUGAAAGGCCCGGAAACUGGCCCCUUGGAGGGAGGGAUGGAAUAUACACUGGCACUGUCACCCUCAAGCGGUUGCGUCCACCUGGGUUUCAGAUAAAGGGGAGGUUGCAGGGUAGAACCAGCUACAUUACGUAAUUGUCAGAGCCCCACGCAAGAUGAAAAUGCAAACCUUAGUAAGGAUCUCGAGGUGGCAAUAGCUGAGCGUAAACCUAGCAUAGGCCCUUCUGUGUGAGCGCUCAGGCCACACAUCCGUGAAGCCAGCCUCAGUAAAGGAUCUGCGGUCCAGAACAUGCUGCCUCUUCUUUACUUCUGCUGUGUCCUAGGCCUGGGCGAUAUUUAAGGGAAAGUACAAGGACGGGGACUCGGAAGGCCCUGCUAUCUGGAAGACUCGUCUGCGCUGUGCUCUGAACAAGAGUUCUGAGUUCCAGGAGGUUCCUGAGAAUGGCCACAGGGAUGGGGCUGAGCCCUACAAGGUGUACCGGCUGCUGCCACCCGGAACCCUCCCCGCUCAGCCAGGGACCCAGAAAUCACCGUCAAAGCGACACCACAGUUCUGUGUCCUCUGAGAGGAGGGAGGACGAGGUUACCACGAAGAACUGCAUACUCAGCCCCUCCUUGCUCCAGGA